AUGAUGCGAAAUCGCACCUUUGGACUUAUGAACUUCAUUUACGAUGAAAGUGUCCGCAAGAGUCUCUCAGGUUUCGUCAUUGGCCUGCUAGUCCUUCCUGUGCUAAAGAUUUUACAAAAUUUGUCAAAGUCCGCGUAUACAAAGUGCCUAGACGCUUGCAGCUGCGUCUUGAGGAAGAAACGCAGGGCGGAGUCCACGUCUACCGAGUACAAACUCGUCCUGUGUGUCAGAAGUGAUUUGGCCAUGGGAAAAGGAAAGAUUGGUGCUCAGUGUGGUCACGCGUCGAUUGGAGCCUAUUUGAGUGCAGUUGAGACCAAGAGUCCGUACCUGGAGCACUGGCUAAGCGACGGUCAACGGAAGGUCGUCUUGAAGAUUCAGGACUAUGAAGAGAUGAAGGCUCUCAGGAAAGAGGCAAAGAGGCUAAAUCUCAAUACACACGUUACCUGUGACGCGGGAAGGACACAGGUACCUUCUGGGUCAUAUACAGUCAUCGCAAUCGGUCCCGGCCCGGAAGACCUGCUAAACAAGAUCACUGGCCACCUCAAGCUCCUCUGA